AUGUCCAACGCAUCCGCGAGUGGUCUGCUGACGAGCCUGGCAGACACAAUCGAUGAAGAGAACAGAGAGACAAUAGCUGCACUACCCAAAGAUCGAGCGUCUAGUCCUGCUCGUCGUUACAACAGUGGCCAGCCGUUUCCGUUGCGCAAAAUCAAUACCGGCAUGCCCACCCCAAGACAUGGAUCGAUAGCUGGAAUUGGAGUUGGUGUAACCAGUCCUCGCCAGAAGAAAGAAGCCCCAUCCAGGCUAGAUCCAAGUGAUCCAUCAACAUGGACGAGGUCGCACGGAAGCAAGCCAAACAGUCCGGUCCUAUCGAGGGCUACGCCUGCGAGCACACGACCUCGUGGAGACUCAGAUGCAGAUGAGACACAAGGCUAUGUUGGGGUUCCACGAGCUGAUACGACACAUCGAGCCAUGUCGGACUCGGGUCCUGCACGCCCACGAGAUGCACCUCGAAGUGGUGCGCUAGCAGCAGCGCUGUCUGGAGAGAUCGACAAGAUGAACAUAAGUCGUAAAGAGGAACAAGAGAAGAAAAAUCUACAGAAAGCGGCCGGACAUUCUAGAAGUCCAAGUGGUCGAGUUGUUGAAGCUCCAUCGCCUGACAGCCCGGCACACUUGCAUCCGAAGCACGAUCAUCAUCCGUCCGGCAGCUUCUCGACAGUGACUUCAUCCGACGGAGAACGAGCUCGACUGGGUGAUGCGAGAGAUGAAGAUGCUGUCGACGAUAGCAGUGAUGAGCAUCACUCGACCGACUCGGAGGACGACGCUAGAGGCCGUCACCGAGAUCCGAAGCACAAACAGACAGAGAAAGACAAGAGCAGUCCUACAUCGCAUCCCGAGCCUCCCACAUCACCAGAGCCAUCAAUAUCCAUAACAAGUCCAGAUGGCGAGUCAUCGGAAGCGAAAGCACCGGUCACACCAUUGAACGAGACGCCGCCCCAAGUCACGCUCCCGAAUCCCACUUCUGCCCAGGAUCUACGUCGCGGAUCUGUUUCUACAAUCGGUUCGGUCGAUGGCGACGACGAUGACAUUGCAAAGGCCAAGACGCUCGGAGUCAGUAUUUCACCUCUGGAUGACAAGGUAGCAGAUCGGCACGUCCGUAUGGUCCUCCGUGGGGACUGGACCAGAUUUCACAAAGAGGCCGAAGCGGGCGAGAGAAGCGUACGGACAUAUCUUGCAUGUACAGACCUGAGUGUGGAGGCAACGUAUGCUCUGGAAUGGACUGUUGGAACUAUACUGCGGGACGGCGAUACAUUGCUGUGCGUGUAUUCAAUCGUGGAUGAAUCUGCAGGUGGCAGCGGCCACAGCACUGGCAGUGUUAGCGAGGCGGAGAAGGAGAAACUGCUGGGCGAAGGUGCGCAGGCCGGAAAGGAUGCCAUGAAUGCCAUGGAAGGACUGACACGACAAACCACGAAUGGCGAGAACCGACCAAUGUCGAAGUUCAUUCCAGCAACAGAGGCCAAAAGCGCGUCCGGAAGCGUCGAUGGCAGGCGGGUUGGCAAGAAGGAGAUGGAAAGACUCAAGGCGAUUGACGACAUCACGCAGACGUUCCUCCGCCUUGUCCGAAAGACAUCAUUGCAGGUUCGUUGCAUGAUCGAGGUAAUACAUUGCAAGAGUCCGAAGCAUUUGGUCCUUGGCGCGAUUGAUGAGCUGGAACCCACUUUGGCGAUCGUCGGCACCAGAGGUCGCAGUUCGAUCAAAGGCGUUCUACUGGGAUCGUUCUCUAAUUACCUUGUGACCAAAUCGAGCGUACCAGUCAUGGUUGCCCGCCGGAAAUUGAAGAAGCCUCGCUCUUCUGUCAAGGUCAGCAGCAACAAGAUUCGUCUUAGCAACAAUCUCACGGCAAGCUCAAUACCUGGAAAGCGGAGGAGCUUGACCCAGGCGCGUAUCGACUAG